CCCUCCGCCCUCCCUCCACGGCUCCACCCCUUCGCCAAUCCAAAACCACACACACAGAAAAAGUGUCAGCUGGUCAGCUCGCCCCCGUAUAAAGCCGCUCCACCCCGCGGCGGCCAGCCACCCGCUGCCCCUCACUCCGAAUCGCCAUGGCUCUCGCCGUCCGCACGCCCCGCUUCCAGCCGCGGCCGACCUCCAUUUCCGCACCCGCCUCCGCCUCCACCUCCACCUCCCUCGCCGCCGCGAACGCGAGGCCCCGCCCCGGCGCCGCCGUCCGCGCCUCCGCCGCCUCGCCCUUCACCGAGGCCACCUCCUCCUCGCGCUACCGCCGCGAUGCCUGGUCCUACGCCGCCGACGGCUCCUCCAGCCCCGCGUCGUCGUCGUCGUCGCCCUCCGAUGCCGCCGCUGCCGCCGCCGCCGCCGCCGCCGCGGCGGGCCGCCGGGACGACGAGAUCGCGCUGCAGCUGCCGGAGCUGCGGAGGCUCCUGGACGCGCUGAGGGCUUCCAGGGGGAGGAGCGCCGAGGGGGAGGGCGGCGGCGGCGGGCCUGGGAGGGUGGCGCUGGUCGGGACGGGACCCGGGGACCCCGAGCUGCUCACGCUCAAGGCCGUCCGUGCCAUCGAGGCCGCGGACCUGGUGCUCUACGACCGGCUGGUGUCCAACGACGUGCUGGACUUGGUCGGGGAGGGCGCAAGGCUUCUAUACGUCGGCAAGACGGCGGGAUACCACAGCCGCACACAGGAGGAGAUUCAUGAGCUGCUCCUUAGCUUUGCGGAGGCUGGUGCCAAUGUGGUGCGGUUGAAAGGCGGCGAUCCUCUGGUCUUUGGAAGAGGUGGAGAAGAGAUGGAUUUCUUACAGCAGCAAGGGAUUAGAGUUGAAAUUAUCCCAGGAAUUACUUCUGCUUCAGGAAUUGCAGCAGAACUAGGCAUUCCACUAACCCAUCGAGGUGUUGCUACCAGUGUCAGAUUUUUAACUGGGCACUCUAGAAAUGGUGGGACAGAUCCUCUAUAUGUGGCAGGGAAUGCAGCUGAUCCAGACACCACUUUAGUUGUGUACAUGGGUUUGUCAACACUGCCAUCCCUUGCUCCAAAGUUAAUGAAGCACGGCCUUCCACCAGAUACCCCUGCUGUUGCCGUAGAGCGCGGCACUACCCCUCAACAACGAAUGGUAUUCGCAUUGUUAAAGGAUCUCGUAGAUGAAGUCAAGUUGGCUGAUCUAGUUUCUCCGACUCUAAUAAUUAUUGGAAAAGUGGUGGCCUUGUCACCCUUUUGGGUUGAACCAUCUGAACAUGAUGCACUGAAGACCGAGAACUCAUACGCAAGUGAGGCCAGAUGAUAGCAGCCUUUCCUGAAUUAAGUGCUUGGACAGUCCUUUGCAAAUUUCCAGACAUGAGCAAUUCUAAUUGAGAUCUAAGGUUGUCUGAUCUGGUUUAGUUCGGGUCAUAUGAGCAGAGUUUUGACGCCCCUUGAAAUUUCAGGAAGCAUGAAAUCUGAAUUAUGGACGGCAGCUUUAUACACAGGAAGCCCAUAAACAACCUUGGAGCCGCAGCGUACUUGAACGGGUGGCACCUCACAGUGUGGACUACUCUACCUGAGAUCUGCAAUCGUAGGUUUAUUUGAGUUUGGCAAUAGUUGUGGGAGGAGGUGUUGGUUUUCUGAAUUGUCAUUUCUGGAGCAUCAGUAGAUAUAUAUGGCUCUCGAGUCAACUCA